GUUCCAGUAUACGUAGAGUUAUUGCUAGAAAAAUAAAAAAUAUUGUAGUACAAAAAGUUCUUAACCUUUCGAAGGUCGGAAUUUAAGAGUUGAAAUUGCCUUUCAAAAGUGCCCAAAUUAGUGUCUGUUAUCACCUAUCAACUAUAUACAAAGUUCAUAUCACAGGGCGAGCUGAUAUAUAAGCUUUCCGGUUCUCUAGAGGUUAAGAUCUCCAUCCAUUUUUAGGGCAUGAGAGAAGUUUAACCACGUUGUUCAUUUUGUGUUGGAAAAAAAGGCCAUGAGUGAACGCGAAGUCGAAUGUGUGCUGGUUAAAGCGACUCCUUCAACCAAUUUAACACUUGAAAACGGAGCGACAAAAAGAUCGCAAUUUGGAAACCGAACGCUCAAUAAAAAUGAUGAUGUUUUCCAACAUAACGCUUGGGAUAAUGUUAUUUGGGAUGAAAAACAGCUAUGUUUUGCGAAACGAAAAGUUGCAGACAAUUCUUCGAAAAUGGCAUCAUCCGAGGAGAGCGAAAGAUAUGAAAAGGAUGCAAACAAGUAUUGGGAUAAAUUUUAUGGUAUUCAUAAAAAUAGAUUUUUCAAAGACAGGCACUGGCUUCUUACCGAAUUCUCUGAAUUAGCACCUCUUGAAGUGAGUCAAAGUUCAAAUACCAAAUAUGAUGCCAAUUUGUUAGUGACGAGUCCCGCAAGAAUCGGAACAAGGAAUAUAUUAGAGAUCGGAUGCGGAGUAGGAAACACUAUUUUUCCUAUUUUAAUGUAUGAUCCGAGUCCAAAUUUAUUUUUAUAUGGUUGUGAUUUUUCAUCCACUGCCAUCGAGUUACUGCAGCAGAAUCCUCAAUAUGAUCCAUCCAGGUGUAAAGCAUUUGUGCUUGAUGUCACACAAAAAAAUUGGGACCCACCGUUUGAGCCGGAAACUUUGGAUAUCGUUCUUCUCAUAUUUGUACUGAGUAGCAUCAGCCCUGAUAAAAUGAGAAAUGUGAUCCAGCAAAUUCAUCGUUAUCUUAAACCAGGAGGAUUGGUUCUUUUUCGAGAUUACGGAAGAUACGAUCUGGCACAAUUGCGGUUUAAAAAAGGCCGUUGCUUGUCCGAAAAUUUCUACGCGCGUGGUGAUGGUACGAGGGUCUACUUUUUCACCCAAAAUGAAAUUCGCGAUGCAUUUGUGAGUUGCAAUUUUGCUGAGAAGCAAAAUGUCAUCGAUAAGAGGUUACAAGUUAAUCGUGGAAGACAGUUAACAAUGUACAGAGUUUGGAUUCAAGCAAAAUUUUGUAAACAAUUUUGAAAAUCGAAUGUUUAAAAUAGGAUUAGAAAUUGUAUGUACCUACAUGAAAUAAAAAUAAUUUGAAUGUU